CCCACAACCUCUGCAUCAUCGUUUUCUUUCUCCUCACGCUGUCCCCAUGCCGUGCAACUCGGGGGUCUUUCUUUAAUGUCUAAUCUUGGUCCUUUUGUUUAUUGAUAUAUCGAGCUCUCGCCCCACACUCUCUCCAUCCUCUUACGGAGCUGAGCGGCAGCAACCUCGUCAUGGUGCAAACGCAGGCUGUGUGGCAGAAGACGAAGUCCGGCGGCAAGGCUGGCUUCGACAAGCUCUGGGGAUGGGCAGACAAACUCGGGGCGCCCGUCAACAGACUUUCAAAUAAGCUGGGUUCCGAAGCUUUUUGGCCUACCACGCUCGACAAGGAAUGCGACAAGGCUGCGAGGAUCUUGAAGAGCUUUUGCAAGGAUGGUUUCUACCAGGAGGAGGAGCGUCCCACCGCUGAAGGCCCCAAGCAAAAGCAACGAGUACUGAAGAGAAUUCCUCCAGAGGUAAUCAAAGAUGCCAAAGGCCUUGCCAUCUUCACGACUAUGCGGACCGGCCUCUGGGUAUCCGGCGCCGGAGGAAGCGGCGUGUUGGUCGGCCGAAAAGAGGAUGGGACAUGGUCUUCGCCCUCGGGAAUCCUCCUACAUACUGCCGGACUAGGCUUCCUAGUCGGAGUGGACAUAUACGACUGCGUGGUAGUCAUAAACACACAGAAGGCGCUCGAUGCCUUCUCCAGCGUACGAUGCACAUUAGGUGGGGAGAUUAGUGCGGUUGCUGGUCCCGUCGGAGUUGGCGGAGUUCUCGAGACUGAAGUCCACAAGCGACAAGCACCAGUUUUCACGUACCUCAAAUCGCGAGGGUUUUACGCCGGGGUGCAAGUCGACGGAACUAUCAUCAUCGAACGAACAGAUGAGAAUGAACGCUUUUAUGGGGAGCAGAUUGGUGUCGCGGAUAUUCUGAAAGGGAAGGUGCGACAUGAGCCAUAUGAGACGAGAACCCUCAUGGCAACCAUCAAAGCCGCCCAAGGGGACCGCGAUGUUGACCAGUCUCUAAUACCGAACGAGCCACCGCCAGGUGAUUUCGAAAUUGAGCACGACGAGAAGCCCUUUGGGAUUCCUGACAAAGAAGACCCAGAUCCAUUCGGCGUUUUGGCAUUGGAAAAUGCUGGUCUCGAGAUUAGGGAAGCAGGAACCCGCAAGAGACCAACAAGCGAGCAGUUUGAAUUCAAGCCCAGUCCAACAAGCCCUAUUUACACCACAUUUCGGAGGAGCAUGGAUAAUCGCUCCAGUAUAGACGGCAGAAGCAACAGCAGACGCUCGAGCUGGAGGACAAGUACCAUUAGUAGCAUGGUGGAGCGCAGCACCCAAACAGUCGACAUGUCGACACAGACAGACUUCGACGCACCACCACCAAUUCAAGUACCGCCAGCACUACCUCCUAGGACUGAACAAAAUUCCAGUCCCAAAAUGGCUGAGAUCCCCGAAGACAAAAGCACGGAUGAAGCGAAGCCUGAAGUACAAGAACGUAAAGACAGCGCAAAAGAAGACUCAAGACCGAGCUCAGCACGAAAUUCACAGGCAUUUGACAACAUCAAUCUCGACGACGAUGCCGAGGAUGAAGAAGAAGAAGAAGAAGAAGAAGAAGAAGAGCCUGUUGUCCAAGAAAUCCACCAAGCCACCGCCCCUCAAGUUAUCACUCGCGCCCGCCUCGUCACGGUCGCAAAGCCGAUUCCACCAAAGCUGCCACCACGCAACCCCUUCCGCAACAGGCUCACCGUAAACUCUGACAUUGCCAACGAAAGCGCGACACGCGAUAUCGACGCUGGGACGUCGCCCAUGGUUGCAUCAGGUCCGAGUCCGCCAUCGACACCCUCGCUCAAGCACGAUGGCUCCUCCACAUCGUCUAAGGAUAGCAUCUCUUCCAUCGAAGGCCUUGAGCACGUAAGCAAACGCCUGCAGCCAAAGUUCGACAGCAACGAUGAGCCAGAAGAGAAGAAAGAAGACAAAGACGAAUUCCACUCAGUUCCGGAUUCCCCGGUCAAGAACAUUCCAGGCGGGUUUAACUAAUCACUUCGGUUUUGUCAGUAUUUAAUGGGAAGGGGGGAAAUGGAUGUAUUGUGCAACUUGCCACAGGAUUACAAAGCUCAGUCCGGAUGAUCGGUUUGUACGGAGUAUCGCGGGAGUUGGGACUGGGUUCUCUAUUUGGGUUGAGAAGGUAGGACUCAGGGUUUUGGUACAAGGGUAUCAUAUCCAAUAGCAUAGCUUCUUUUAUUUUUCAUUGGGAAGGGGGGAAAGUGCUAUUGUGUACGUUAUUGAUAUUUUCUGGGGGUUAUGAUGGGAUGGCACGAUAGGUAUGUUGGGCGUUUGAUGAUUAGAUGCUUCGACGCUGUUGUUUGCUUGCCACAAAAGUAAUUUCUCAAUCACUUACGAGGUAGCCAUGCAUAGAAUAGAUACGGUUCAUGUGGGUUCG